UGCUUUAGCUUUGCCUAUAAAUAAUUUAAUCUCAGACUCUUGUAAGGUAAGCUUUCUGCAGACUUACCAAACAGAAUUUGGAACUAUCUAAUUUUUCUCUCCUACUUUCUUAUCUACUUUCUUGCUCUUUCUUUUCCUUUCUCGCAUUUUCUUCAUGGAAAUCUUCCAUGUUCCCUGAGAAGCUGAUCAUACUCAGAAGUCCUAUCGCAGUUUUCAUAAUAAACCAGGAAAUACAAGUUCUAGGAAAUUGAAGUGGGUUCUCAAGACUAAUUAAAUGGAGUAUUUUGCUACCAUGGCAACUCAAGAAUAUACCCAAAUAUAUGGAGAAUAUACUUCAGUUUCUAUCGAAGAUAGUGAUGAUGAAGCAUUGGCUAAAUCCAUGGAGGCAAGGCUUCACUAUGACUCACCCCUGUCUGCAGAAUGUUGCAUCUUCAAAAUUCCUGAGGUAUUUCGCAGACAGAACCAAAAAGCAUAUGAGCCGGACGUUAUUGCCAUUGGACCAUUCCACCGCGGAAAACAAAGCUUGAAGCCAAUAGAAGAUGUGAAACAAUGGUAUUUACUAACCCUUCUCUCGCGUUUGAAUAUAAGCAUGCUUAGCUUGGUUAAAGGCAUUAAGGGAUAUGAGAAAAAUGCGCGUGACUGUUAUCAAGGACCAAUUAGACUUGAUCAGAAUGAAUUCAUAGAUAUGCUAAUCGUUGAUGGUUGUUUCUUGGUCGAACUUUUUCGUAAGGAGACCGUUUUUGAAUUAAGAACCGGGGAUGAUCCUAUAUUCAACAUGUCUUGCAUGUAUGAAUUUUUCCUUCAUGAUUUGUUGCUGCUUGAAAAUCAGCUUCCUUGGUUUGUUCUUCAACACUUGUUCGCCUUGACCGGGGGAAAUGACCAUGACCAUAGCAGCAGCAGCUUCACUGAACUUGUCCUCCAUUUCUUCCGACACAAUUUCCCACAAACUAGCCCUUCCAUAUCCACUUCACGAUUGCACGCUAAAAACUUGCACAUUGUGGAUCUGAUAAGAAAUGUUCUGACUUCAUUGUCCCAAGAUGAUCAAAGUGAUUAUCCUGUUCCCGUUAGUUAUUAUGUGCCGGAGACGCAUCAAAGUGAUCAAAGUGAUCAAAGUGAUCAAAGUGAUCAACAUGAUCAAAGUGAUUAUCCUUAUGAUUAUUAUGUGCCGGAGACGCAUCAAAGUGAUCAACGUGAUCAAAGUGAUUAUACUGAUCUCCGUAUCCCACAUGUGCCGGCGAGGCCACAACCCCUGUCGGCGAGGCCACAACUCAUUCCCUGUGUGACUAAACUUAUGGAGGCAGGAGUGAAAUUCACUAAGAGUUCCUCAGAUAACAUGAUGGAUAUAAAGUUUGAAGACGGGAGUUUCAAAAUUCCACUACUUUUUAUCAAUGAGACUACAGAGUCAAUCUUCAGAAACCUGAUUGCUUUCGAGCAAUGCUAUCACAGGUGCGAUGAUAAGAUCACAUCUUAUGCAAUUCUGAUGGAUAACCUUAUCAACACCGGCAAGGACGUGGAAAAACUCAGUGACGAAGGGAUUAUUGACAACUGGUUGAGCGCGGAAGAUGCUUCUCAGUAUUUCAACAGGCUCUACAAUGACACUUUUGUGAUCAAUUUCUACUACAACGAUCUCUGCAAGAAAGUGAAUAAAUAUUAUCGGACAGACUGGCACAGAUGGAGAGCAAUUCUGAUGCGCGAUUAUUUUACAACCCCAUGGACUAUCAUUUCUCUUGUUGGUGCAUUCAUCCUUUUGGUUCUUACCUUCUUGCAGACUUCCUUCACAAUUAAGCAAUCUUAAUGAUGUAGGACAAUAUAAAUUGGGAUUUUGUGUACCAUAUUUUAAUUUUCAUUAUUUUUAGUGUAAUUUAAUUUCUUAGUCCUUAAGUUUAGGUGUUAAUGUCAAUUAGAGUUAAUAAGGCUGUUCCUAAACUUAUGUGUAGUUAUUUGAACCUUAAUUAAAGGAAUUAGAAUAAUCUAUUUUGCUUGUAUUGGUUUUUAGGGUUCUCUAUGUAAAGAGGCAUUUCUUAAUGUUAUCUUCAUCAUUCCUAACAUUCAUAAAA